AUGGGGCUCAAAGACGGAGUCACGACGUCAUUUAUGCUGUUGGCAAUGUCUGACACUUUGUAUUUGAUCACUGUCGUUAGCAGAGAUGCAGCCUUUGCAUUCAUGGUGUCUGAGAUAUUGUCAGACUAUAAAAAGUGGUACCCGGUGGAGCCCUAUGGGGUGUACAUUUAUUUCGGGAAUGCUGGAAGAAUUCCAUACGUCCUUUCAUACCUGAUCACUACAAUGAUUGCUAUCUUAAGAUGCCUUUGCGUCGUCUGGCCUAUCAGAUUCAAGUCUUUAGCUUUCAGCAAAAAACUCGCAAUAGCUUUGGUAUCUUUGUUUAUUUUUGUUGCUGUGAUGAGCUACCUUCCUGUGCUUUUGUUAAUGGACAUGACCUUUCAGUUCGACACGAAGCUGAACACCUCAAGACCUGCUUUGUGGAUGUCUCCUCUGAGGGAGAAAGUCAAGAACGUGAUCUGGACAGCAAGAAGCGCUGUCUUGCCUUUCAUCACACAGGUUAUCAUGAUAUCUUGCGUGGUCACCAUGAACAAACAUCUGAAGUCAUCUUACCGCUUUCGGCACCUCCAUGACAAUCCAUCUUUAAACAGUAUCUCGUAUCUAGCAACGCUCACUUUUUCAAAUGUUUUUAGAAAGAAGACUUUUCAGCAACCUAAAAAUCCGAGUCCUGAGCUUACUGGGAAAGACUUGCAGGUCUAG